GCAACAGAGGUUUUUCACGUGGACAAUGUUGGCCAAGGCUAGCUUGGACGGAGAUAUUACUGCAACUGAGAUGACAGGGUCAACAAAUCAUCAUCAUCUACCAGUUUCAGGUCAUGAAAAUGGCCAAGAAAUGGCUGACAUGCGCCAAGAUUCCAAGAAGAACAAGGUGAAGGAUCAAAGCAAGAAAACAGUACCCUUUUACAAGCUUUUCUCAUUUGCAGACUCUUGGGAUUAUUUAUUGAUGUUUGUUGGGACUAUCGGUGCUGUUGGGAAUGGAGUCUCUAUGCCUUUACUGACUAUAAUUAUUGGAGAUGCUAUUGAUGCUUUUGGAGGAAAUGUUAACACCAACCAAGUAGUUCAUCUAGUUUCCAAGGUGUCUCUCAAGUUUGCAAUCAUGGGUGCAGGCGCCUUUUUUGCAGCGUUUCUGCAGGUGGCAUGUUGGAUGGUCACCGGGGAGAGACAAGCUGCAAGAAUACGGGCCUUAUACCUCAAAGCAAUUUUAAGGCAAGAUAUAAGCUUCUUUGACAGGGAAACAAACAGUGUUGAGGUUGUUGGAAGAAUAUCAGGUGACACAGUUCUUAUUCAAGAUGCCAUGGGAGAGAAGGUAGGAAAAUUCAUACAGUAUGUGUCAUCUUUUUUAGGAGGUUUAGUUGUUGCAUUCAUCAAGGGUUGGCUUCUAAGCCUUGUCCUUCUAUCUUCUCUUCCUCUUCUUGUCCUCUCUGGUUCCAUAAUGAGCUUUGCUUUCGCAAAGAUGGCAUCCCGAGGACAAGCAGCAUAUUCUGAAGCAGCAACUAUAGUAGACCGGAUAAUUGGUUCAAUUCGAACAGUUGCAUCAUUUACUGGUGAGAAGCAGGCCAUAACUCAAUACAAUCAAUCAUUAACUAAAUCUUACAUAAUUGGACUGCAAGAGGGAUUGGCUAUUGGUUUAGGCCUCGGCUUGGUUCGUUUAUUUGUUUAUUGUAGUUAUGCUUUGGCUGUAUGGUUUGGAGGGAAGAUGAUAUUAGCGAAAGGUUAUACAGGAGGGGAAGUCAUAAGUGUAUUUUUUGCAGUACUGACAGGUUCCUUGUCUCUAGGACAGGCAUCUCCGAGCUUAACUGCAUUUGCUGCUGGACAAGCUGCCGCCAUUAAAAUGUUUGAGAUAAUAAAGAGGCAGCCAAAUAUUGAUGCUUAUGACACUGCUGGUAGGCAGCUGGAUGAUAUUUCUGGAGAUAUAGAACUUAGGGAAGUUUGCUUUGGUUAUCCUUCAAGGCCAAAUGAAAUGAUAUUCGAUGCACUUUCUAUUUCAAUAUCAAGUGGCACUACCGCGGCUUUGGUAGGACAAAGUGGGAGUGGGAAAUCGACGGUUAUUAGUUUGAUAGAGAGAUUUUAUGAUCCACAGGGUGGUGAAAUUCUCAUUGACAAUAUCAACCUCAAAGAAUUUCAACUGAAAUGGAUCAGACAAAAAAUAGGCUUAGUCAGUCAGGAACCAGUUCUCUUUACUUGUAGCAUUAAAGAGAACAUUGCCUAUGGUAAGGAUGGAGCAACAGAUGAAGAAAUCAGAGCUGCAACAGAACUAGCUAAAGCUGCUAUCUUCAUUGAUAAGUUUCCCCAUGGACUUGACACGAUGGUUGGCGAACAUGGAGCUCAACUUUCUGGAGGCCAAAAGCAAAGAAUAGCUAUAGCAAGAGCAAUUCUGAAAGAUCCAAGAAUUCUACUCCUAGAUGAAGCAACAAGUGCCCUUGACGCAGAGUCGGAAAGAGUGGUACAAGAGACGCUAGAAAGAAUUAUGAUAAACCGAACAAUGAUCAUUGUAGCCCACCGCCUAAGCACAAUAAGGAAUGCUGAUAUCAUUGCCGUUAUUCACCAAGGAAAAGUAGUAGAAAAAGGUACACAUGAUGAGCUCACCAAUGAUCCUGAUGGAGCUUAUAGUCAGCUCAUUAGGCUGCAAGAAAUUAAAAAGGAUUCAUCAGAACAGCAUGGUGCUAAUGACUCAGAUAAGCUAGAAACAUUUGUAGAAUCUGGAAGAGAGUCUAGGCCUACCGCACUAGAAGGAGUGUCUGAAUUUCUUCCUUCAGCAGCAGCAUCACAUAAAAGUAAGACUCCAGAUGUCCCAUUUCUUCGUCUCGCUUAUCUUAACAAGCCUGAAAUCCCGGCGCUACUCAUUGGGACUCUAGCAGCAGCAGUAAUUGGAGCAAUGCAACCUAUUCUGGGACUUUUAGUCUCCAAGAUGAUAAAUACAUUCUUUGAGCCUGCAGAUGAACUUCGUAAAGAUGUGAAUUUUUGGGCAUUAAUGUUUGUGUUCUUUAGUGUGGCUUCAUUCGUUUUUCAGCCGUUAAGGUCCUACUUUUUUGCUGUUGCUGGUUCUAAGUUGAUAAAAAGGAUCCGGUUAAUGUGCUUUGAGAAAAUAAUUCACAUGGAAGUAGGAUGGUUUGAUAAAGCUGAGAAUUCAAGUGGUGCACUUGGUGCAAGGCUGUCAACCGAUGCUGCUUCGAUUCGAACUUUGGUUGGGGAUGCACUCGGUUUGCUAGUUCAAGAUAUUGCCACUGUAAUUACAGCCUUGGUAAUUGGCUUUGAGACUAGCUGGCAGCUUUCUCUCAUCAUUCUUGUUUUGCUACCUCUACUGUUAGUAAAUGGACAUUUACAAAUCAAAUCCAUGCAAGGAUUCAGCACAGAUGCAAGGAAACAGUAUGAGGAAGCAAGUCAAGUAGCGAAUGAUGCAGUAGGGAAUAUCAGAACAGUUUCCGCUUUCUGUGCUGAAGAGAAGGUGAUGGAGUUAUACCAAAAGAAAUGUGUAGUACCAGUACAGACAGGAAAAAGGCAGGGUAUAGUUAGUGGAGUUGGUUUUGGCUUAUCAAUCUUCUUUAUGUUCUGUGUUUAUGCAUGCAGUUUUUAUGCUGGAGCACAACUUGUUAAGAAUGGCAAAACCUCAAUAUCAGAUGUUUUUCAAGUGUUUUUCUCUCUCACAAUGGCAGCCGUCGCAAUAGCUCAAUCUGGAUUCAUGGCUGUAGGAGCUAGUAAAGCAAAAAGCUCUGUUGCUUCUAUAUUUGCUAUUCUUGAUCAGGAAUCAAAAAUAGACUCUAGUGAAGAAUCAGGAAUGACAUUGGAAGAUGUGAAGGGAGAUAUUGAGUUCCAUCAUGUCACUUUCAAGUAUCCAACUAGACCUGAUGUUCAUAUAUUCAAAGAUCUUUCUUUGACCAUUCAUUCAGGACAGACAGUUGCUCUAGUAGGUGAAAGUGGAAGUGGAAAGUCAACAGUGAUAUCAUUGCUGCAAAGAUUUUAUGAUCCAGAUUCUGGUCAGAUUAAACUGGAUGGAACAGAAAUCCAAAAGCUACAACUUAGAUGGUUUAGGCAGCAAAUGGGCCUGGUAACCCAGGAGCCUGUGCUGUUCAAUGACACCGUGCGAGCCAACAUUGCGUAUGGAAAAGGUGGCAAUGCAACUGAGGCUGAAAUUAUAGCUGCAGCAAAACUUGCAAAUGCUCAUAAGUUCAUUAGCAGUUUGCAGCAGGGGUAUGACACAAUAGUAGGGGAGAGAGGGAUACAACUUUCUGGAGGACAGAAGCAACGUGUGGCAAUUGCAAGAGCCAUAGUUAAGAAUCCAAGAAUAUUACUACUAGAUGAAGCCACAAGUGCACUUGAUGCUGAGUCUGAAAAAGUGGUUCAUGAUGCACUUGAUAGAUUGAGGGUGGACAGAACCACCAUUGUGGUGGCUCAUAGACUAUCUACCAUAAAGGGUUCAAAUUCAAUUGCAGUGGUUAAAAAUGGAGUGAUUGAAGAGAAAGGAAAGCAUGAAACGUUGCUCAACAAGAGUGGUACCUAUGCUUCUUUAGUAGCACUGCACACGACUAGCACAACAAAGGGUGGUACCUAUUGCAAUAGAAUUUAAGUGAUUUUUUUAAUUUAA